UGCAUCGGGAGCCCUGGGCAUAUCUAAAAUCAUACGUCAAAUAGGCCUUGUAGAAGUCUCGAGCUUUCUUCCGAGCACCAGGUAGCUUUUAGAACUUCCCUUCAGCUCUCGCGCCAGAGCUCUCUCCCGUCCCCCCCUCGCUCUCCCAAAGCAACAAUUCAAUUCCUCUCCAAGAAAAAGAAAAACACCAGAGGAAAAAGUCGAAAAAAACAUGGGCACCCCCUCGGAAUCAGACACUGAGAAAGGGCAGGCCAAGAUCGCAAGCAGCAGUCCCGAGCCCUCAACCAGCCCCAUUGUGGAGGAAGGCGAAUGGCGACCCGUCAGCUGGCUGCGGUCUUCCUUCCCCAAGUUCCUGACCGGUGCGUUUGUGGAGACGCGAGGUAUCGAGCGCGUUCCCGCAGAAGAGAGGAUUAAGCCAAGCGCCGCCAACUAUCUGCAGAUGGUGCUGAUCUGGUUCUCUGCAAAUUUGUCCGCGAACAACAUUGCCGUGGGCCUGCUGGGCCCUAGUGUUUACCAGCUCUCCUAUUUGGAUUCGGCGUUGUGUGCGACCUUUGGCUCGAUCGUGGGAUGUGCAGCUACGGCGUUUACUUCGACUUGGGGCCCCAAGUCGGGGAACAGGACGAUGAUUGUGGCGAGGUAUACCAUGGGCUGGUGGCCAAGCAGAAUCUGCGUUCUCCUGAACAUGGUCAUCAUGUUAGGUUAUGGGAUGAUUGGUGAGCUUGCCUUUCUGCGCCGAAGACUCUCAUGCGAUAGACAGACAGAUCUUGCUCACUUUCCCUUCCUGCUAGAUUGUGUUAUUGGUGGCCAGAUGCUCUCCGCCGUGGCUGACAACAACAUGUCUAUCAUUGUCGGGAUCAUCAUUGUUGCUAUCAUCACCUGGGUUGUAACGGUUAUUGGACUUCCGAUCUUCCAUAUCUAUGAAAGAUAUGCCUGGGCUCCACAAGUGGCCGUGUGCUUUAUCCUGGUCGGCUGCGCAGGACCGUACUUCAAUACCUCAACUCCAUCCAUCGGCGAUGGGCCGACUAUUGCUGGUAACAGAUUAACAUUUUUCUCUCUCUGCCUGAGCAGUUGCAUUGCCUGGGCGCCAGCUGGAGCGGAUUUCUUCGUAUAUUACCCAGAAGAGAUGAAGAGCUGGCAUGCCUUCUCCCUCACUCUCAUCGGCGAGGGACUUUCCCAGAUCUUCGCGUACCUCUUGGGGAUUGGUAUCGCGUCAGGAAUAGCGACCAGGCCGAGCUGGUCAGCAGCUGACGAGAUCAGCCCUGGCGCUGUCAUGGUUGCUGCGUUCGACACUCUGGGCCGGUUUGGAAAGUUCUGCGGCGUGGUCGUUGCGCUGGGUGUCAUUGCAAACAAUGUACCUGGCACGUAUUCAGCGAGUCUUGGAUUCCAAUGUCUGGGGAGCUGGCCGUUGAAAGUGCCGCGGUUUUUCUGGAACACGGUUGGGGUUAUUAUCUACACCAUCUGCGGCGCGGUGGGCCGGAACCACCUUUACAGCAUUUUUGAGGAUCUGCUUCCACUUAUGGGCUACUGGGUCACCAUCUGGUUUACCAUUAGCUUGGAGGAGCAGUUUAUUUUCCGCCGCCACAUCGGCUAUGACUGGUCGGCGUGGAACGACAAGUCCAAACUGCCUCAUGGCUUUGCAGCCCUGACAGCCUUCUUGGUCGGGUGGGCUGGCUCUAUCAUCAGCAUGGACCAGGUGUGGUAUGCGGGGCCCGUUGCGAAGCUGGUUGGCGCCGAUGGAUCAGAUCUGGGGAUUUAUCUGGGCGUUGGCUUCGCGGGUAUCGUGUAUCCCCCACUGCGGUACCUCGAGAAGAGGAUCGUGGGCCGUUGA